AUGCAAGAUCCGGCGGUCAACGGGGGAGCGGCCGCAUUCCAGCUGGCGGUCAACGGGGCACCGCAGUUCCCGCAGGAGGAGAGGCACCUCAAGUGCCCCCGGUGCGAAUCGACCAACACCAAGUUCUGCUACUACAACAACUACAACCUCUCCCAGCCCCGCCACUUCUGCAAGGACUGCCGCCGCUACUGGACAAAGGGCGGCGCCCUCCGCAAGGUCCCCGUCGGCGGCGCCACCCGCAAGACCUCCUCCAAGCGCAGCUCCGCCGCCGCCGCCGCCGUCCCCCCCUCCGCCGCCGCUUCUCCGCCGCCCCCCACCCCCGCAGCCUCUGCGCCGCCGCCACUCCAAAUCCCGAGGAUCCAGCCCGUCCCCGACCGCCACCUCUUCUUCAGCUCCCUCCGGCCCUCGAACGACCCCGCCGAUCAUUCCGCCGCCGCCCCGCUCUCCUCCGGAGCUCCGUCGCUGGAGCAAUGGCAGAGAACGCACUACAAUUAG